UCAAGGUCGUGUCUUCUCUGCUGGUAUCAAGUGCCUGCUGUUUGAGAAAUGGCCAUUGUUGUUCUCAAUUAGACUUUUACAGUUGCCGGAAUGACUCAUGAAAAAGAUAACAAGGUGCUUGGGGCCAUCAACAGCUUUAUAGGAAAGGUAAAGGAAAAGACCGGGAAGGUCAUGAGGAAAUCUAGCUCAGAACUGCGGAACCGACACUCAGCAGACAAACUAGAUAGACGCUCGUCCUCUUUUACCCCCAACGUGAAAGAAGAUGAAGGCCUUGAUGAUGCGGCAAACCGAGCAAAUAGCAGAAAUGAAAAUAUUCCUCAGACUCAACAACAUGGGGCCGGAGGAAAUGUACCACGAACCGAUGAGGCGCAGGGAAUGCAAGACAAAGAUGUCAUGAAGGAUAGUGUACCAGGAGGGCAACAGCAAAAUGCGGGCAAUAUGAGUACAAACCAGGGAGGCGCGAUACCUCAGGAUUCUGCGAUUCAGCAAGGAAAUGCAGCACAAGGCGCAGCUCAACGAGGCGCGAAUGCCGCCCAAGGCGCCGCUCAACAUGGUGCAGACACAGCCCAGGGUGCCGCCCAACAUGGCGCAGACACGGCUCAGGGUGCUGCUCAACAUGGUGUAGAUACUGCUCAGGGUGCCGCUCAACAUGGCGCAGAUACUGCUCAGGGUGCUGCUCAACACGGCGUAGAUACUGCUCAGGGCGCUGCUCAACAUGGCGCAGAUACUGCUCAGGGCGCUGCUCAACACGGUGCAAACGCUGCUCAGGGUGCCGCCCAUCAUGGCGCGAACGCUGCCCAGGGCGCGGUACAACAGGGCAAGGACCAAGCGCGGGAAUCUGUGUCGGGAGCCGUUCAUAACGCCCUUCACAGUUCCAACUCUGAAAUAGCAGAUGGCCGUAAUAUGUCAGCUCUAGACUAUUCCAAGAAACUGGCCAAAAAGGCAUACAGCACUAUUGCCAAGUAGUGACUCUGUAUAUAAAAUCUGGCUUUGUCCUUGGACCUUUGGGAAACGUUAAAUAAAUAUUUGGUGUCGAGCUGAAGUUUCUUCUGCUUGUGUGCGCCACUAAUGGCUGUGUGUCCUCAGCGACUGCAACCUC